UUAUGGCUGUAUUUGAAACGAAGGUCAAGUCAAAUUUAGCGAGCGAAGUGACGUGCGUGACCUCCCCGUACUGCCGGGGCUAUUAGUUGGAAAAGGGAGGGAAUAAUCCAGUGUUGAGAUUUGAUGAGAAUUAUUAACAUCGGUUGAGGUGUGUGAAUCUAACUUUUAGGGAUGGCUUCGCGUGAAUUUCUGUGGGAUGUAUUUCAACGUGUCGACAGAGAUCGCAGUGGCUACAUAUCUGCUGAUGAGCUUCAGCUGGCCUUGUCCAAUGGCACGUGGACGCCUUUCAACCCGGAGACCGUCAGAUUGAUGAUAGGAAUGUUUGAUAAAGAAAGCAGAGGCACUGUUAGUUUCGAAGAUUUCGGGGCCUUGUGGAAGUACGUCACGGACUGGCAGAACUGUUUCCGGUCAUUCGACCGCGACAACUCUGGGAACAUCGACCAGUCCGAGCUGAAGAUGGCCCUCACUUCCUUUGGCUACCGGCUGUCCGAUCACCUCGUCAACAUGAUGGUCAGGAAGUUCGACCGGCUGGGGAAAGGAACCAUUUUGUUCGACGACUUCAUUCAGUGCUGCAUUGUUCUGCAUACGUUGACAUCUGCGUUCAGACAGUACGACACUGACCAAGAUGGAGUCAUUACCAUUCAUUACGAACAGUUCCUGUCGAUGGUUUUUAGCUUGAAGAUAUGACUGCAGAUUGUCGCACAAAGUUGCUUACCACAUUCCAUCUGCUUACGCAUGCCAAAAGAACUCAAGUUUUAAUGAAACUGUGCAUUAAAUGCAUGGUUGUGUACGUCCUCGCAUACAGGAUUGUAUCUUGACGGCAAUUUUCUCGUACCCUUUCUUUAGCGUGCGUCGUAUUCAACAAGGAAUUUACUGAUCAUCGCUUUUCUUAACAUACCUAUUAUUUUGUCCAUAAAGCUCAGUACACACCAAGCUGAAGGUAAAUUAUUUCAUGGCAAUUAAUUUUUACACUGAACUAAAGUUCCCAUUUCUGUGGACUUUUCCCGAAAAGUUCUGGCAAAAAAAGUUACUUUUCCCUGUGUCUUGUUUUUACAGCAGAACUUAACAUGUCCAUGUCCAUGUGCCAAUAUUACAGUUAACUAUUUUGAAGGAAAUCUUCAGUUUAAACCUAAGUCAAUUAAUGUGCACGAUCGAAAAUGCACCAUUUCCAGCAAUUAAAACUCAAAAUGUUAACAUAAUCAUCCAGAAUUUGAAACCCAUAUCAAAUGAUCAAAUUUAUUUCAAUAAUAUCACGAGAUAGUGCUAUGUAUCGUGCGGCAUGUCAGGACCACAUAUUUGUGUCGUAAAUACAAAAAAAAAUUGUGUGAUAACAUUAAAAGUUGCAUUUAUUGCAAUGAUCUCUCAUUACUUUUUUAUUUGCAACAGUCAUGGAUACAUACACAACCUCCAGUCAAGUGAUUAGUCUAAAUUUCUCUUGUUGGCAUUUUGCGUGGCUGUAUGGUAGUGUAAUCAGUGGAUGUGACACUACUUAGUAGAGAGCUGCAGUACCAAGUUUCUUCAAAUAGUUUUCUUUGCUGGACUUCCGAGCCUGGUACAGAUAGAUUACACCCACUGGCUUCUAAUUCAUCCUGUAGUUUGGUGGGCGUGCGAAAGGAACUAGGCUUUGACGUGACUCAAGUUGAUGUCCCAGCGGUUCGUAACUCAGUAUGGUCGUGGAACAUCUUGUCACCUUACAUUUUGUGUGGAACUGUUCCAUGUUAGAACCAAACUUUUACUAUCCCUCCCACCUACAGAUUUUUAACUGAAUGUGUCGAGUGACAGUCGUAAUUUACUUACAUCACAGGGGAUAAGAAAUUUGUAACACAAGUUUUACAUUUACACAGUCCAACAGAUCUUUUUCUACAUGAAUCUUAUCUGUGCACUUAAUUUGAAUUUACAGUCUUUCUUCCUUCCUUCCUUCCUUCCUUCCUUCCUUUCCAGUAUAUGCCAAGUAUGCAUGUGCUGAGUCUCGUACUGAGGUAAUUUUUUUAUUUUUACUGAUGUUAAAGUGUAACAUUUCUUUCAAGGCUUAACAUUGGGAAAAACAAAAUUAGACUUGAACUGCAGUGAUGGUUUAUUGCAGUUUAGGAACACAUUGUUGAUAUCAAAUUGGAAAAACUUGGUUGGCUUUAUAAGGUCAUGCGUAUUAUAAACCGGGCAGCCAGUCUUGCCUUAUUGGGGUCGAAGGAUAAAGAGAAGUUGUAGCAUUGGCUACCAAGAAUUUAUAAUAACAAUUGUUGUUUAUAGCGAUUUUUGAUUUGGCAGAUCUAUAAUGUGGUAUUUGUACAUGUUCUGUAUCCUGAAAUUGUAGAAGCUGUUAAUACCUAGUAUUUUAAAAGUUAAAUUGUUAAUAAAUGAGAUGUAAUGUAAGUAUUGCUCACUAUGUUUGGUGGAGGCUAUUUCAUGUGUAGGUAUUUAGUUCCUGUUUGAUAUGUUGUAAAAUUUCCGUAGUUAUUUGUUAUGGGAAAAUUUAUUUUAUGUAUUGAAUAUUUAUUGUAUGUACAACUUUAAAUUUCAAAACAUGAAAUAUGCUUAUUUUUAAGACCAUGCACCAAAACUAAAUCAGGGUCUCGAUUUUUAAAUGCAUAAAUGUUUAUCCGUUGAUGAAUUUGUGUCCUGCACAUGCGUACAUUAUUUUUGGGUGAAGUAUUUGUGUGGUUUUUAAAAUAAAUAUUUUAAGUUUGUGUUUGGCUAGUGCAUGUUAAUAUAGUUCAUUUAGUUGCUUUUAUUGGCCAAUUUUACAGUGGGAAUAUGUUUCUACAUUGAGGAUUUUGUUACUGUUAAAUCUUUUGCAUUUUCUAAUUUUCUCACUAUUUUAAUUUACUUAUUUUUUUACUAUAUUUUUAUUAUGUAGAGUUAUUGGAACAUAUAAGGGUUAUCUAAAUAUGUUUUAUUAUUUUUUCACAAGUGUGUGUAAUGUGGGAGUUUGUUUCUUAUUACACAUUCUUCUUAAAUCAGACUCAACUCUUUCAAUGGCAGAUAUUAUUAAAUAGUUUACUGGAUCAUUGUUAAACUGCAUAUUGUGAAUUCAACAACUCAUAAUAGUCACAUUUAAGAACAUUAAGCGAAAACUCAACUAUGACUUCAAACUAUGUUUAAACUUUCAUAAAUAUGUAGGUACUGAAACACAGUUAAUUUGACGCAUUUAGCAAGUUUUAUAAUUUUGGCCAAACGUUUUGUGCUAGUAGCCAGUACUGUUGUUUCAAAAUGAAUAAUGCUUUAGUGUUUAAAUAUGAAACUAAACAAAUGUUGACUAGCUACAGUGUAACAUCCUGCAACUUUCACCGCAAAAAUGUUCACAUUCUGAAGGGUAAAGGUGAUUUAUAUUUGGAACGCUUAGUACACCUCUGCAUGUACGUCAAGCUGGUGUUCGUAAUCUCUUCGGUUGUUGACCUGAAAAUUCCCCUGUGCAUGAGAGGUCACCUCUCAAAUAACUCAUUAAUAAAACAAAUAUUCACGAACAAAACUUGUUGAAAAAUUGUUAUUUGAUGCAGUAUUUUGUUGCCAUGAAAUUUCACUGCAUACAAGGCUACAACAGAGCAAUAUAACCGGGUCAUACUAGCAGCAACGAAGAAUACAAAACCACUGCAGAGGAUGAGUAGAGGAGUACGGAAAAUAAUUUAUGGGGAGAAUUAGUGACGGAAAGUUGCGAGCACACAGCGUGCCGUGUGGCUAAAUUGAUGCUGCACUAUCUCUGUGUGAGGAGAAACUUCCGCCCAUAUUCAAUCAUAGUGGAGUAGUUUGGCUUUCAUUCUGUGAACUACAAUGAGUAUUGCGCACAGUACUGGUCAGUAUUUAUUAUUUAAAUUAAUUGGUAUUGUACUAAGCUUUGCAUAAAGGGUAUGUACUAUGUAGUUGAAUUGCAGGUUCAGCGUUGCAUGUAUAGCUGAGUAUUUUAUGAUUUUUUUUUUGCCAUGUUUCCGAUACUUGACAACAUUGUACCGAGCCAGUUGGUUGUAGAAUGUAGGUAUGUACUCACUUCUGUUACAUUGUAUGUCACAGAUGAAUUUAAGAAAACAUUCUAUGAUGUAAUUUGCAUUUGCAAUGCACUGGACAGAGUGAACAUCGCUUCCAUUUUUGCAGUAUUACAAAUAUGUAGAAAACAACUGAUUUACUUGGGGCUUAAGGCCUUUUGUAAAUUCAUGUAUCUCGAAGCCAUAACAAAGACACACUGUACCUGUGUGCAGAAUGUGGCAGCAUCUCGCAAAUGUUACUGUGAGACUAACAAUGGAGACAAUUUUGUUUAAUCAAUUUCCUUUAAGGUAUGUUUUGUUUCUGAGUGUUCUGAUAAUUAACUUGACCUAGUGUGUGUAACUGACUUUUUAAAUGUAAAUCUUAUUAAUAAAAGUUGUAUGUAUUAAGUCUAACAUAAUUUGAAAAUUUUUAAUAACUGCUCAGCUAUGCAUUUAAAUUGAUACGUAUUGUGUUGAUCCAAAGAAAGUAUUGUAAUAAUUGCUUAAUGUUUUUCAAUCGAAUUUUCCUCAGGCUUUAUACAAUUUAACAAUAAUUCUCUCUUAAUAUAGAUCUGUUUAGAGUUAUGUUGCUAGAUGUAACUAACUGACUGAUUGUUAAUGCUGUUGAAAAUUAAACUUGGUGCAACAAAGAGGAUGUAGAGAUAGUCUCUGGUAGGUUUUGUAUGUUAUCAUGAUAUGGCUAUUGCCUAUUUUUCUUAUACAAAGAAUUAAAAAAUGUUUUGACUGUGUAUACAACUUCUUUUCAGUGAUAAUAUUUAAAAUUUAAGUGUAAAAUUUGAACAUAAUAAAUAUAGAGUAAUGUUCUAUAUACCUAUAAAA